CAUGGAAUCCAAUGAACCUAAGAAGUAACAAUUCACAAAUAUUUUUCUUCCUCAAGUUCAACGGUAUCUGUUCUUCAGAGUUGCAGAGAGUCCCCUUCAUCCCUUGUUACCUACAAACUUUUCUUCAGAGUUGCAGAGUUUCCCCUUCAUCCCUUGUUACCUACAAACACAAACAUGGCUGGUAUUGUCGGAGAAGCUGUUUUGUCUUGUUUCAUCCAGAAGUUGGUUGACAUGGUCACCUCCCCGGAGCUGUGGAAGUAUGCACGUAAAGAGCAAGUUGAUUCUGAGCUGAAAAGGUGCAAGAAUAUAUUGACAAAGAUCUGUUUAGUGCUCAAUGACGCAGAGGAGAAGCAGAUGACAAACCCUCUGGUCAAAAUAUGGCUGGACGAGCUUAGAGACUUGGCUUACGAUGUGGAGGACAUCUUGGACGACUUCGCCAUCGAAGCUUUGCGAAGCAGCUUGAUCAUGGCUCAACCCCAACAAGGCAUUAGUAAGUUACGAGACAUGCUCUCUUCUCUCAUUCCGAGUGCUUCUACGUCUAAUUCUAGUAUGCGUUCCAAGAUUAAGGAGAUCACUGAAAGAUUACAAGAGAUUUCAGCCCAAAAGAAUGACCUGGAUUUACGAGAGAUUGCUGGAGGGUGGUGGUCUGAUAGAAAGAGAAAGCGAGAGCAAACCACUUCUCUGGUGGUUGAAUCCGAUGUUUAUGGUAGGGAAAAAAAUAAAGCGGAUAUAGUUGACAUGUUACUCAAGCACGAUCCAAGUAGUGAUGAUGAAGUCUCCGUAAUUCCAAUUGUCGGUAUGGGAGGUAUCGGCAAAACUACUCUGGCUCAGCUUGCCUUCAAUGAUGAUGAAGUGAAGGGCCGUUUUGAUUUGAGAGCAUGGGUCUGUGUUUCUGAUGACUUUGACGUUUCGAAAAUAACCAAGACCAUUCUACAAUCUGUUGAUCCGGGAACUCAUGAUGUCAAUGAUCUCAAUUUGCUUCAGGUCAAAUUGAAGGAGAAAUUUUCUGGGAAGAAGUUUCUUCUUGUGCUAGACGAUGUUUGGAAUGAGAAUUGUCAUGAAUGGGAUACUUUGUGCAUGCCAAUGAGAGCUGGGGCACCCGGUAGUAAACUCAUCGUGACAACCCGUAAUGAAGGUGUCGCAGCAGUUACCAGAACUUGUCCAGCUUAUCCCCUACGGGAAUUAUCAAACAACGAUUGUUUGUCUUUAUUCACUCAGCAAGCAUUGAGGACAAGAAACUUUGAUGCCCAUCCACACUUGAAAGAAGUCGGUGAGGAAAUAGUGAGAAGGUGCAAAGGCUUGCCUUUGGCUGCGAAGGCACUCGGUGGCAUGUUGCGCAACCAACUAAGUCGCGAUGCAUGGGCAAAUAUAUUAACAAGCAGGAUAUGGGAUUUACCGGAAGAUAAAAGCCACAUUCUUCCCGCUCUCAUGUUAAGCUACCAUCAUCUCCCUUCUCAUUUGAAGCAGUGUUUUGCAUAUUGCUCCAUGUUUCCAAAGGACUAUGAAUUCAACAAGGAUGACUUAGUCCUCUUAUGGAUGGCAGAAGGCUUUUUGCAGAAAACGAAGGAGGCAGCUAGGCCAGAAGACUUAGGUUCUAAAUACUUCAAUGAUUUGUUCUCCAGGUCAUUUUUUCAACAUUCAAGUCGAAAUUCAUCCCGAUAUGUGAUGCAUGAUCUCAUCAAUGAUCUAGCUCAGUCAGUUGCAGGAGAAAUAUACUUUCAUUUGGAUGGUGCAUGGGAGAAUAACAAACAAUCCACCAUUUCUGAGAAGACUCGUCAUUCAUCAUUCAAUCGUCAACACUCUGAGACACAGAGAAAAUUUGAACCCUUUCACAAGGUGAAGUGUUUGAGAACAUUGGUUGCACUUCCCAUGGACCAACCAGUUUUUUCCAGUGGCUACAUAUCAAGUAAGGUGUUAGAUGACCUUUUAAAGGAAGUGAAAUAUUUACGGGUAUUAUCUUUAAGUGGCUACAAGAUAUAUGGGUUACCAGAUUCAAUUGGCAAUCUUAAAUAUUUGCGGUAUCUCAAUUUGUCCGGGUCUUCCAUAAGAAGGUUACCUGAUUCAGUAUGCCAUCUUUACAACUUACAAGCACUGAUAUUAUCUGAUUGCAAAGACCUUACGACGUUGCCUGUGGGAAUUGGAAACCUAAUCAACCUUCGACACCUUCAUAUCUUUGACACAUGGAAAUUACAAGAAAUGCCUUCUCAAACUGGAAAUCUAACAAAGUUGCAAACGUUAUCUAAGUUUAUUGUGGGCGAAGGUAACAACUUGGGAUUAAGAGAAUUGAAGAAUUUAUUUGAUCUUCGAGGACAACUUUCAAUUUUGGGGUUGCACAAUGUGAUGAAUAUUCGAGAUGGAAGGGAUGCCAAUUUAGAGAGUAAGCAUGGAAUUGAGGAGUUAACAAUGGAAUGGAGUGAUGACUUUGGUGCUUCACGAAAUGAAAUGCAUGAGAGGAAUGUUUUGGAGCAGCUACGACCUCAUAGAAAUCUGAAAAAGCUCACAAUUGCAUCUUAUGGUGGAUCAGGAUUCCCAAAUUGGAUGAAGGACCCAUCAUUCCCAAUAAUGACACACUUAAUUCUCAAGGACUGCAAGAGAUGCACAUCAUUACCCGCGCUUGGCCAAAUAUCCUCACUCAAAGUCUUGCAUAUUAAAGGUAUGAGUGAAGUUAGAACCAUAAAUGAGGAGUUUUAUGGAGGGAUUGUGAAGCCUUUUCCAUCCUUGGAGUCUCUAACGUUUGAGGUAAUGGCAGAAUGGGAAUACUGGUUUUGUCCUGAUGCAGUUAACGAAGGUGAAUUAUUUCCAUGUCUUCGAUUGCUUACAAUAAGAGAUUGUAGGAAGUUACAACAAUUGCCUAAUUGCCUACCUUCCCAAGUGAAACUUGACAUCUCUUGUUGUCCAAAUUUGGGAUUUGCUUCUUCAAGAUUUGCAUCUCUUGGUGAAGUAAGUUAGAAGCAUAUAAUGAGAGUGUGCGGAUAAGUGAGGUGAUAAGUGGGGUUGUCGGAGGUCUUCAUGCAGUAAUGAGAUGAAGUGAUUGGCUUGUUUUGUUGGAGGAGCAAAGGCUGCCUUGCAAUCUUAAAAUGUUGAGAAUACACGACGAUGCUAAUCUGGAGAAGCUGCCUAAUGGAUUGCAAACACUCACGUGUCUUGAACAGUUGGACAUUACUGGCUGUCCAUCUCUCAGAUGCUUUCCAAAUUGUGAGCUACCAACCACACUCAAGAGUUUAUGUAUUAAAGAUUGUAAAAAUCUAGAGGCUUUACCAGAGGGAAUGAUGCACCACGAUUCCACUUGUUGUCUUGAAGAGCUGAAAAUAGAGGGAUGCCCCAGACUGGAGUCAUUUCCCGAUACGGGUUUGCCACCAUUGCUAAGACGACUUGAGGUGAGUGAAUGCAAGGGUCUGAAAUCGCUGCCUCAUAACUACAGCUCAUGUGCCCUUGAAUCCUUGGAGAUUAGCGAUUGUCCAUCUCUCCGAUGCUUUCCAAAUGGUGAGCUACCAACCACACUUAAAAGUAUAUGGAUUCAAGAUUGUGAAAAUCUAGAGUCUUUACCCGAGGGAAUGAUGCACCACGAUUCCACUUGUUGUCUUGAAGAGGUGAUAAUAAUGGGAUGCCCCAGACUGGAGUCAUUUCCAGAUACGGGGUUGCCACCAUUGCUAAGACGACUUGCAGUGAAUGAAUGCGAGGGUCUGAAAUCGCUGCCUCAUAACUACAGCUCAUGUGCCCUUGAAUCCUUGUAGAUUAGAUAUUGUUCAUCUCUCAAGUCCUUUUCAACAAGGGAGUUACCCUCCACCCUUAAGAAACUUGAGAUUUGCGGGUGCCCCGACUUGGAGUCCAUGUCGGAGAACAUGUGCCCCAACAAUUCAGCUCUUGACAAUUUAGUCCUUGAGGGUUAUCCAAAUCUGAAAAUCCUACCAGAAUGCCUUCACAGCCUCAAGAGUCUCCAAAUAAUUAACUGUGAAGGUCUGGAGUGCUUUCCAGCAAGAGGCUUGUCCACCCCCACCCUCACAAGCCUUCGAAUUGAGGGAUGUGAGAAUCUGAAAUCCCUGCCACAUCAAAUGAGAGACCUCAAAUCUCUUAGAGAUCUUACCAUAUUGUUUUGUCCGGGAGUGGAAUCCUUUCCAGAAGAUGGUAUGCCCCCCAAUCUGAUAUCACUUGAGAUUUCUUACUGUGAGAAUCUGAAAAAGCCCAUAUCGGCGUUCCACACCCUCACCUCUCUUUUUUCAUUGACUAUUGAGAAUGUGUUUCCAGAUAUGGUUUCCUUUCGGGAUGAAGAGUGUCUUCUUCCCAUAUCUCUCACCUCCCUCAGAAUCACUGCAAUGGAAUCCCUAGCCUACCUGUCUCUCCAAAAUCUCAUCUCUCUUCAAUACCUAGAGGUGGCAACUUGCCCUAACCUCGGAUCCUUAGGGUCGAUGCCAGCAACACUUGAAAAACUUGAAAUCUGGUGUUGUCCUAUACUAGAAGAAAGGUACUCAAAGGAGAAAGGAGAAUAUUGGCCCAAGAUCGCUCACAUUCCAUGCAUUGCAAUGCGUGGUCAAUUUAUCCAUUGAAGCAUAGAUGUUGAAAGUGAAAUGCAGUUUGUGGGUUGUGGAAAAGAAACAGAAGCGGAAACACAUUCAACCCCCAGUCCUUACAGAUGGGUCCUGCUUGACAGAAAUGUUCCAUUCCCUCGAUGAAUAGGUGAUUGCAGUCACUAGCCAAGCAGUAAAAGCCAACAAAUAGAUGUAGGAAGGGGAAAA